AUGCCGUCAGCAAACUUUAGCUCUAGUCCUCACGAGGAUUGGAGAACAUAUCUAGAGCCUGCGAGGCACUCUGUCUCGCUUAGUUCCUCCUCGUCUUAUUAUCACUCGUUUGGACCUCAACAAGACGAGGAUCACCAUGAUUCGCAUCAUUCAUUCAUCCUGUUGAAGCGAUCGGGUUCGCACAGUUCCUUCAAGAACCCGACCCCAUUCUUCCAAAGCCGGUUCAAUCCGAUGAACCAGGUGCAAGAGCCAGAGGGUCCAAACCGUUUGGGACCAGUUGACCAUUAUCCUGAGAUGCAGGAUAUGGAAAUGGAUGAAGACCCCGAUCCAGAAAUGCCACCAUCUGGGACGCCCACGCAUCCCAUCGAGAUAUCCAGCGGAUCAUCAUUUCGUGGUUCGCCAUACAGGGGCCCAGACAGUGUUGCUGAAAGAUGUGCCACAUACAACUGGGAGUACACUCCCCCUUUCAACCCACAACAUCAACAGCAGCAGGAUCCCUCAGAGGAUUCGCGUUUCCAGGCGGUCACGCCACCGCCACCGCCACAGCCAGAGCAGCAACAGCCUCCAGAAGCACCGAGUCGAGGAAGAUCAGGUGCACGGAUGUCCGUGCGAGGGGGUUUCCACUUCAGCACCCCCCAACACUCAAGCAACAACCACUACCCGCUGUUGUACGAAGACCCACAAAUGGGUGGGCCUUCAAACCCAGUUUCUGAAGUCGACUCUUCGCCAGUCGCACCACCACCACCGCACAUGGGUUAUGAUAACCCAAUUCCUUCUUACGCUGAUGCAACGGCGUAUAACCCGUUUGAGCAGCCAGCUUACUCGGGUUACAACUACUUCAAUGCCCCUAAUGUUGACCCGUACCUCGAGGCGGCGAACUACAAUACUCUUCAUCCCAAAGGACCCUUUUAA